AUGGAAACUGAUGAGGCUCAACGAGUGCUUCCCUUUCAGCUUCAGUUCGAUAAGCCAGUUGCCUCUCAGAUUAAAAUUGCAGAAUGGAACCCCGAGAAGGAUUUGCUGGCUAUGGUCACUGAAGACUCCAAGAUUUUGCUGCACCGUUUUAAUUGGCAGAGGUUGUGGACGGUCUCUCCCGGAAAGAGCAUAACAUCAUUAUGUUGGCGUCCUGAUGGUAAAGCAAUUGCUGUUGGGCUUGAAGAUGGAACAGUUUCAUUGCACGAUGUUGAAAAUGGAAAGUUGCUGAGAAGCUUAAAAUCCCAUGGUGUUGCUGUUGUUUCUCUUAACUGGGAGGAGGAUGGACAGAUGACUAAAGAUGAGCAGGGCAGCAUAUCGACAUAUGAAGACCGUACUCCUCAUUUCUUCCCACCUCCUCCAAGAGUUCCACGGAUGCCUGGACUGGUAUCUGGUGAUACUGGUUUUAUAGAUGAUAGUGAAGAUUCAUUUCGAGAGCUGUCAAAUUCUUCACAGCAACAAUUUAAUAUCCUCUGUAGUGGGGACAAAGAUGGAUUCAUUUGCUUCAGCAUAUUUGGGAUUUUCCCAAUAGGGAAAAUUAACAUACACAACUUCUGUGUUCCUACUCCGCUUAUGGAUACAAAAGCUGAGUGCAGACUUCAGAAUGCUUCUGUUCACAAGGUUGCAUUGUCAAAAGAUCUUUGUCAUUUGAUAGUCAUAUGUUCAGGAGAAUUGAGUGAAGAUAGGAAAGAAUCAGAAAACAGGUCAAUGACUCAACAUGGUGUGCGUGGCUUACACUGCACAGUGCUUGAUACAUCUAUAUUUUGGAAGAGGAAAAAUGAGCUUCACCAAGUGGCUCAACAAGCUUCUAACAUUGAGGAAUUGGUUGAGGUUAUUCGGGCAUCCCUUUCAGUUAUGCAUAAGCAAUGGUCUGACGCUAUGCACACUUUUCAUGAAAAGUUUGAUUCUCUUUCUAAUCUGAUUAUUGACAAUGGACUGGACUCUUGUCCCCAAGAAGAGUUUUUGAGUCUUUUAGGUGGUGCAAGGACUAGUCCAGCAGUUCAUCAAUUUCUAGUUAACUCUCUUGGUGAAGUGGGUGUGAAGCGCGUCUCAAAGGCUGUUUGUGGUGCCGGGAAAGAACUUCAGCUUAUUGUCCUAAAUCAUCUCCAGCCUGCUGCAGAAAUUAUUGCAUUCAGGAUGGGCGAACUAAGAGGCCUUUCAAGAUGGCGAGCAAGAUAUCAGGGUAUUGGUUUGGAUGAGGCACUCAUCAAUAAUGCGACAGAAAAAGCUGGAAUGAUACUUAUACAAGUAGAACGAUUUAUUAGGGUGCUUUCAACUGUGGUGCAGCAGUUUUCAAAUUUCUUCAACUGGCUGUUGAAAUGUAUAAAGUUACUUAUGUCAGAACCUAGUGAUCAUCAUCUUCUACCGUACAAUAGUGAACUUGUUGUUAUAUUCUUGAAGUUUUUAUACGAUCAAGAUCCUGUGAAGCAGUUGCUGGAAGCAUCAGAAGCCGAUGACCAUAUUGAAGUUGGUUUGGAGACAAUGCAGAGAGUUAAAGAAUUAGUUCAGUUUGGGGGAUUUUCAGAUUUUGAAUAUCUGCAAAGGACAUUAGCCAAGGAAUUUCAGCAGGUGGAGUCUAGUUUUAAGGAGGCUUUUCUGAUGCCUUUUACUACAAUUUCAAGAAAGAUACUGUGCGGGGAUUUAUUACCGCUUUGCCCUCUUCCACCUUCGUCCGCAUCUUUGUCUUCCACUAUUCCGAUGUCAGUAUCAUAUUACGAGGAUGCCUCCCAAUCUGUCUCUUCUCAUCAGAGUCGACACAUGCUUCUUGAUUACAUAUCUUUCCAAAUACCAGAUGAUUCUUUCUCCGGAGUUUCGAAUUGUAUAGGCAUAGUGAGAGGGUUUAUGCAUGACUCGAUCAGUGUAAAGAGGGGUUAUACUUCACUAGAAGCUGUAUUAUUGUGUGUCCCUGGUGGUUAUUGCUGUGCGGAUCUUUCCUUAUAUAAGGAAAGUCAGAUUGUUCUGUUAUUGAAUGAAACAACUGCCACUUCUGAAAGUUCUGGAAAUGCUUCUAUGAUGAUUGUGCAAGCAAAUGACCUUCCAUUUGUAUCUAUCUCAAGAUCCACUGGUCUAAACUACUGGAAGUUGCAUCAACUAGAGGACUCUGUCGUUCACUUGCAAAUGGAGCAUGAGAAGGUUCGCAGUAUACCUCACUCUGUUAUUGCUCCACUGGCAGUCAGUUCAUCAAGAGGCGUGGCUUGUGUUUUUGCUGCAAGAAAACGUGCCUUGGUCUACAUUCUGGAGGAAGAUGAAGACGAAGUCUCAGAUGCAGAAUGA